AUGUCAAGAAGAGCUUAUCCAACCGAUCCAACCAAUGUUUUGGCAGGACAAGCAGGUGGACCACAAGGCGGUCAACAACAACAACCAAUGCCAGUUGCACCACAACCCUUUAAUGGUAUUGGUGGUCAACCAGUUGUAGGAGGAGGACAACCACAACCAAUGCCACCACAACAACCAUUCUAUCCACCAACAAAUAACUAUCAACAACCUCCACUACCCGUAGCAGGAGGAGUAGGAGUACCAUAUCAACCUCAACCACCUAUGGUAGGCGGUCCAGUUGUUGGUGUAGCACAACCACCAUUCCAACCAUCUCCACCACAACAACAACCACCAACAACCAACCAAACCAUCUCUCCUUCAUCUGCAUCUGCAUCAUCUGCAUCAAAGAGAGCAUAUCCAGUUGACCCAAGCAACGCCAAUUCACUCGUUUCAGGUAUGCAAAAUCUGAACGUACAAGGACAACAACAACAACAACCAUAUGGUCAACCACAACCACAACCAGUUGUUGGUAAUGUUAUUCCACCACAAGUCAAUCUAUCAAACCACCAAGCUGGAUUACCUGCUACCAAUACCAAUAUCAAUGGAUACCCAACUGCUCCAUACAACACCUCUCCCGUUGCACAACCACCAUACCAACAAGGAGGUCAACCACAACAAGGAGGAUACCAACCACAACCACCACAACAACAAUAUAAUCCAGCUCCAGUUCCAGCUCCAUACAAUCAAUACCAAGGUCAACAACCACAACAACAAUAUAAUCAAGUUCAACCACAACAAGGAGGAUACCAACAACAACAACCACAACAACAACAACAAGGAGGAUAUCAACCACAACAACCAUACAAUCAACAACAAGGUCAACAACAACACGCACAUCAACAAGCAUUAAAUUAUCAACAACAACAACAAAUGCCACAACAAGAUGUUGUACCAACAGCUGAAAAUCUUUGUCCAAAGAGUUUUAUGAGAAUGUCAAUGAAUGCAGUUCCAAAUUUACCAGCUACUCUUGGAAAAGUUCAUAUCCCACUUGGUUGUAGUAUUCAACCACUUGCUCUUGAUCCAAAUUUUGAAGUACCAUUAAUUUCAACACAAAUUGUUAGAUGUAAAAGAGUUUCAUGUAAAGCUUAUAUAAAUCCAUUUGUUGUUUGGGUUGAUGGUGGAGGUAGAUGGAAAUGUAAUGUUUGUGAUUUAGUAAAUGAUAUUACACAAGAUUAUUUUAGUCCAAUUGAUUUAACAACUGGAAAGAGAGCAGAUAUUGCACAAAGACCAGAAUUACAAAGAGGAUGUGUUGAAUUUUUAGCAUCAAGAGAAUAUACAAUUCGUGCACCACAACCACCAUCCUAUUUCUUUGUUAUCGAUGUUUGUUAUGAAUCUGUUGUAUCUGGAAUGUUAAAUUGCGCUAUUGAAUCUAUUAAAGCUUCUUUAGAUAAUAUGCCAGGAGAUUCAAGAACAAGAGUUGGAUUUAUGACAUUUGAUGAUAGUUUACAUUUUUAUAAUUUAAGAUUAAAUACUGGUAAGCCACAAGUUUAUGUGGUGACCGAGAUGGAUAAUAUAUAUGUACCACCAUUUGAUGACUUUUUAGUCAACCUCAAGGAAGCAAGACCAAUCGUCGAUAAAUUACUCGAUAUCAUUAAAACUACCCACAUGCAAAAAAAGGAACAAAAGGUCAUUUCAAGUUUAGGUAAUGCUUUAAAGGCUGCUUUCCAAAUUUGUCAAGGAGUUGGAGGUAAAAUUGUUGUAUUACAAAGUUAUUUACCAAGAGGACAUUUUGGUAAAUUACAAGUAAGAGAAUACCAACAACAACUUGGUACUAAAAAGGAAGCAUUACUAUUGCAACCAAGUGAUUUGGGAGAAUUCUAUAAAGAAUUUGGAUUGAAUUGUGUCAGUCAUCAAUUAUCGGUCGAUGUCUUUUUGUUUGGUACCGAUUAUGUUGAUACUUCGUCGUUGGGUUGUAUGGCACAGAUUACUGGUGGUGAGCUGUUUUACUACCCCUCGUUUAUUGCAUCGCGUGAUGGACAGACUUUUGCUGCCAACCUUAUGCACACUUUGACCCGUGUCACUGGCUGGGAAGCCGUUAUGCGUGUGCGUACCAGUCGUCAACUCAACAUCAACGUCUACCACGGCAACUAUUUCCUCAAGUCGAGUGAUCUCUUGUCUCUGGCCACUACUGACCAAGACAAGACAUACACGUUGCAAAUGAGCAUCAACGAUGCCAUUACAACCAAGUAUGUGACGAUUCAAGCCGCUCUACUCUACAGUCACUCGUCGGGUGAACGUCGUGUGCGUGUGUUGACCACUUCGGUGCCUGUUGUCACCAACUAUGCCGAUUUGUUCCGCUAUGCCGAUGUUAGUGUCGUUGCCAGUCUCAUCACCAAGAUGGCUAUUGACAAGGCUUUGAGCUCGACUCUCAACGAUGCACGUGAAGCCAUUGCCAAUAAAUGCGUUGAUAUUCUCACGGCCUACAAGACCAUGCUCAACAGCAACCAAGCUGGUGGUGGCAAUCAAAGCGCUCUAUCUACUUCGGUCACACUCUCACCCGCUGUUCCCAAACUGCUACUACCCGAGUCACUCAAGCAUCUCCCACUCUACGUAGUUGCCAUGGUCAAGAACAUUCGUAUGAAGACUGUUGACUUGGUCAGUUGCCUCAACUUCUUUUACCCGCAGUUUUACAACUUGCUCGCACCUGCAACCGAGCCAACCGCUCAAUCGGUGCCAACAACCCUCAAGCUGUCGUCUGACCAAUUGUCACGUGCCGGCGUCUUUGCGGUCAUCAAUGGUUACUCGAUCUUUAUCUAUGUCGGCGAGCAACUCGACCAACGCAUCUGCCACGAAAUCUUUGGCUGCGACUUUGCCUCUCUCGACCCACUCACCUUCCAAGACCUCCCCCUUCUCGACAAUGACGCCAACCGCUACGCCAGAAAGAUCAUUGAAAUGUCCAAGCAAUCCUACUCUGAAUAUAUGCGUAUGGUCCUCAUCAAAUCAAACGACCGUCAAAAAGGUCCCGAAUUCCAAUCUCUUCUCGUCGAAGAUAGAUCUCAAGAAGGUGGUUCCUACUAUGAAUUUAUUACUCAACUUCAAACAAGAGUUCAACAGAAAAAUUAA